UCUUCACGCUCUCUCUUACCUUCAGACAAAGAAUCUCCGGAAAAGCUAAUAAUUUAUCCAUUUAUUCCAUAGUCUCUUUACAAGUCGUCGGCCGUUGAAAUGGAGACCGGUGGGAAGUUGAAAAAGGGUGCUGCCGGAAGGAAGGCCGGUGGUCCCAAGAAGAAGCCAGUUACCCGGUCCGUUAAGGCCGGUCUACAGUUUCCCGUCGGUAGGAUCGGUCGGUACCUGAAGAAAGGUCGGUAUUCCAAGCGUGUGGGUACCGGUGCACCGGUUUACCUCGCCGCCGUUCUCGAGUACCUUGCUGCUGAGGUGUUGGAGUUGGCUGGAAAUGCUGCUAGAGACAACAAGAAGAACAGAAUCAUACCCAGACAUGUUUUGUUGGCUGUAAGAAAUGAUGACGAGCUUGGAAAGCUUCUUGCUGGUGUGACAAUUGCUCAUGGUGGUGUUCUUCCAAACAUCAAUCCAGUUCUUUUGCCAAAGAAGUCUCAUGAUAAAGCUACAAAGGAACCUGCAAAAUCUCCUUCCAAAUCAACCAAGUCCCCAAAGAAAGCUUAGUUGUUGAAGAACCUCUCUAUCAUCCUCUCAUUGUAUCUAUCUAUUCACCUUUUUUUGGUGAUGUAGGGAUAAUUUAAAUGUUAUGGUGUUUUUAGGGGAGAUUUAGAAGUCAUGUACUCUGAUCUGUUUAUGUUUAGGACCUUAGGUGUGAAGAAGAAGAAGAAUCUCUCUUUUUCUAAAUGGAAGUUGUUAUUUUUAUGAAUCUUUUUAGAUGGGUGUUACAUUUGUAUAAGAAAAUUGUUAAAAGAUUCUUGGAUAUUGGUGACACUGAGAAUGGUUGUGUUUCA